UCGUGAGAAACUACUUAUCGAAUGAAGUUUAAGCACAUUAUAAAACAUUUUGCGAAGUACAUAGAAAAAUGCCAGGCAAAGAGGAUUGUCACCACAAUAUCAUAUACAUCACGCAACCAACUCGCAAUAUUAUGCGAGCUCUCGGUGUCUGGCCUUCUAACGAUAGAGAAAGAUCCAUGCGUUUGCAAGCUUGCAACUUUCUGCUAAUUUGUAUCAGCUACACUUUUCUUUCCUGCGAUCUUAUACCUGGUAUUCUUUUUUGGCUGAUGGAGAAAUCAACGCGUAUUCGACUCCAAACGAUUCCUCUCCUUCUCUAUGACAUUAUGUCUGUCAGUCAAUACGGCAUCUUUAUAUUUCGCCGUGACCAGCUCAAACGGUGCUUGAAGCACAUCGAGGAAGAUUGGGAGAAUAUUAUUAAUGUGGAUAUGCGUAACAUUAUGUUGAAAUCCGCGAAGAUGGGCAAGCGCCUGGCUACAAUUUGCGGAAUUUUCAUGUAUACUGGUUUUAUUAUGGUUUCGGUCGUAAUAAGUGCAUGUGGCCUUACAGCAAUUUUCGUAGUACAUGCUUGCGGUCAAUUGAAGAUCUUAAUCAGUUUGAUGAGAAGUCUUGUGCAAGAAUCGUGGCAAGAGGAGCAUGAAGUAGAUAAGAAGUUAGCUCAAAUAGUUAAGCAUCAAAUAAGAAUGCGCAGUUUUUUAAAAUUGGUACAGCAUACUUUGCAAGAAAUAUAUUUGAUAGAAAUUAUGGCAGAAAAGGUGUCCAUUGAAUCCUGCGAACUCGAGUGGUAUCGUCUUCCGAACAGGACAGCACGCAGCGUUAUAUUAUUGAUGAUUAUGUCUAAUACACCAACCAAGCUCUCCGCUGGAAAAUUUGCCGAUUUAUCACUCAAGACAUUUGGUGAUGUAAUAAAAAGUUCUGGAGCAUAUUUUAAUAUGCUCCGAAGUGUAAUCGAGUAA